UGGACUAGCUGACGGUCAGUCUCUCUCCUCUCCUCUCUCGUGCUCCUCUGUGACUCCUCUCUGGACCUCCUGCUCCUCCAUGGCCCUCCUCUCCACACUGUAACCGUCCAGCUGCAGUGACCACAGUGAUUCUCCCGGGACCCUGGCCGACAUGUCGGGUCAGAAACCCUCUCUGCGGGGCGGCGGCUCAUCGCAGAGCCGCUUCCAGGUGGAUGUCGUGACCGAAGCCGUGGCCACACCGGCCGCCGGCGACGCGUCCAAACCUGCGCCCGAUGAGUCCAAAGGUCGGCUCAAGGUGGUGGGUUUCUCCGAUCCGGGACCGCUGGGCAGUGCCGGGGACAUCGGUCUCCCGCCGGACGUCUUCCACGAGCCCGACACGGCGAAAAGCGACUCGGUCAGCCUUCAUUCCACGGGCACGGGACACACUCACAUCUCCGACACCCACUCCAACACCUACUACAUGAGGACCUUCGGACACAACACCAUCGACGCGGUUCCCAACAUCGAGUUCUACCGGCAGAGCUUGGCGCCCUUCGGAGAGAAGUUGACCAGGCCGUCCCUGUCGGAGCUGCACGAUGAGCUGGAUAAAGAUCCUUUCGAAGACGGUUUGGCGAAUGGGGAAGAGCCGUCUGCCGCGGAGGAAGCUGCAGCAAAGGAGGCCAAGGGGGGAACUGUCAAGUUUGGAUGGGUGAAAGGAGUCCUGAUUCGCUGCAUGCUGAACAUCUGGGGCGUGAUGCUCUUCAUCCGGAUGUCUUGGAUUGUUGGACAGGCCGGAAUUGGACUGACCAUUGCAAUCAUUCUGAUGGCCACCGUGGUGACCACCAUCACUGGUCUGUCCACCUCCGCUAUAGCAACCAACGGAUUCGUACGAGGAGGGGGCGCUUACUACCUGAUCUCCAGGAGUCUGGGACCAGAGUUUGGGGGCUCCAUCGGUCUGAUCUUUGCCUUUGCCAACGCCGUGGCUGUGGCCAUGUACGUCGUAGGCUUCGCCGAGACGGUUGUGGAAAUGCUGAAUGAUGUCGACGCCCUGAUGACUGACGAACUAAAUGACAUCAGAAUCGUCGGGACUCUGACCGUCAUCCUGCUGUUGGGCAUCUCCGUGGCUGGGAUGGAGUGGGAAGCAAAGGCUCAAAUUGUCCUUUUGAUCAUCCUGCUUGGAGCUAUCGCUAACUAUUUCAUCGGGACAUUCAUGCCAACAGAAAGUAAAGAGCCCAAAGGAUUUUUUGGCUACAAAACUGCGAUCUUCAUCGAGAACCUCGGUCCGGACUUUAGGAACGACGAGACAUUUUUUUCUGUCUUUGCCAUCUUCUUCCCAGCAGCCACUGGGAUUUUGGCCGGAGCUAAUAUCUCCGGAGACCUUGCGGACCCUCAGUCUGCAAUACCUAAAGGAACCCUGUUGGCCAUCCUCAUAACGGGAGUCACAUACGUGGCUGUUGCCAUCUCAACAGGGUCCUGUAUCGUAAGGGACGCAACCGGAGACCACAACGACACGGUCAUCGACACGGUCAACUGCACCGACGCUGCCUGCACUCUGGGAUACGACUUCUCCAUCUGCAAGGAGGGCGGGUGUCAGUACGGCCUGAUGAACAACUUCCAGGUGAUGAGUCUGGUGUCGGCCUUUGGUCCUUUAAUCUCAGCCGGGAUUUUUUCCGCCACCCUGUCCUCGGCUCUGGCCUCAUUGGUCAGUGCCCCCAAGGUCUUCCAGGCUCUGUGUAAAGACAACAUCUAUCCAGGACUGGGAGUUUUCGCAAAGGGCUACGGGAAGAACAACGAGCCUCUCCGAGGUUACGUCCUGACCUUCGGCAUCGGCCUGGCAUUCAUCCUCAUCGCUGAGCUGAACAUCAUCGCUCCCAUCAUCUCCAACUUCUUCCUGGCCUCCUACGCUCUCAUCAACUUUUCCGUCUUCCAUGCUUCCCUCGCCAACUCUCCAGGGUGGCGCCCCAGCUUCAAGUAUUACAACAUGUGGGUGUCUCUUGCCGGAGCGAUCCUGUGCUGCGUGGUGAUGUUUGUCAUCAACUGGUGGGCGGCUCUGGUGACUCUGCUCAUCGUUCUGGCUCUCUACGUCUACGUCAGCUACAAGAAACCCGAUGUCAACUGGGGUUCGUCGACUCAGGCGCUGAUGUACAACCAGGCUCUGAUUCACAGUCUGAAUCUGACUGUGGUCGAGGACCACGUGAAAAACUUCAGGCCGCAGUGUCUGGUUCUGACUGGUUAUCCAAACUCUCGACCAGCUCUGCUUCAACUUGUUUAUUCCUUUACCAAGAACGUGGGUCUCAUGGUGUGCGGUCACAUCAAGAAGGUUUCCCGUCGACCGAACUACAAGGAGUUUUUCCAGGAUCACGCUCGCUGUCAGCGCUGGCUCAACGCGAAGCGAAUCAAGGCCUUCUACACCCCCGUGUUCUCCGACAACCUCAGACACGGAACGCAGCUCCUACUGCAGGCCGUUGGUUUGGGACGACUGAAGCCAAACACGUUGGUGAUGGGUUUCAAGAACAACUGGAGGGAAGGCGACAUGAGAGACUUGGAGAUCUACAUCAACACCAUACAUGACGCCUUCGACCUGCAUUUCGGAGUCGUCCUCCUCCGUCUGCCGGAGGGACUGGACAUUUCUCACAUCCAGGGACAAGAUGAGCUGCUGCUGUCCAAUGAGAAGCCACCAGCCAGCAACAAUAACCAGGUGGUGAUAUCAGUCAGUGAAGCCAAAGACUCAGACUCGGACUCCUGUCCUUCAAAAACCACCAGCAACCAGAGCAGCCCCCUCAUCAUUAGAGCUGCAGAAACCAAAGGUCCUCUGAGUCAGACGGAGAAGCGGCUGUUGGAGUCCAGUCAGCAGUUCAAGAAAAAACAGGGCAAAGGAACCAUCGACGUCUGGUGGCUGUUUGAUGACGGAGGUCUGACUCUACUGAUUCCGUACCUGCUGACCAACAGGAGUAAGUGGGGUGACUGCCAGAUCCGGGUUUUUGUCGGCGGGAAGAUCAACCGCAUUGACCACGAUCGCAGAGUGAUGGCCACGUUGCUCAACAGAUUCAGGAUCGACUUCUCCGACAUCAUCGUCCUUGGAGACAUCAACACCAAACCAAAGGAAGACAAUAAGCGGAUUUUCAAGGGACUGAUCGAGCCGUACCGGCUGAAGGAAGACGACAUGGAGCAGGAGGCUGCGGAGAGGCUGAAGGCCCAGGAGCCGUGGAGGAUCACCGACAACGAACUGGAACUAUAUAAGGCCAAGACCAGCCGUCAGAUCAGACUGAACGAGCUGCUGAAGGAACACUCCAGCAACGCCAAGCUCAUCGUCAUGACCAUGCCGUUGGCGAGGAAGGGAACGGUGUCCAGCGCUCUGUACAUGUCCUGGUUGGAAACCCUGUCCAGAGACGUCCCACCCAUGUUGUUGGUCCGAGGAAACCACCAGAGCGUCCUGACCUUUUACUCCUAACACACACACACACACACACACUGUCACGUACAAAUGUUCACGAUCAAACUUUUGUGUCUGCGAUGGAACCGCUGCUGUCAAAGUGCUUUUAGCCCAGUUUUAUUUUAAAGUAAAAAAAAUGUAAGUUUAGUGUCAUCAGUCAAUGUAGACACUGUUGUUUUGUUUUCUCAGUAACAGGCUGUAAUUUGUUUUUGUUUUUUGUUUUUUUAAAGAUUGUGAAGAAUUAAAAAAAAAUCUUAAUAAAAAUUCUUAAUAUAGUAAAUUAAUUCGGAAUUAUUUGCAAGAAAAUAGGAUGAACGUAUAGUUCUAGAGUCAGUCGUGGUUUUUUUUGUUUUGUUUCGAGAUUAUUGUUAUUGGAUUGCAUUUCUAAUACUUCUAAUUCGUAUGUGCAUUUAAUCUGUCUCUAAUCUGUAUUUAUUUUAUUUUUGUCCUAUUGUUUGAGGAUAUUUUUCUUCUCUGGUCACGGUUUGCUAAAUAUAAGAUUUUAGAAUAAAAUGUGGAAUAAAAUUGCAAUCGUUUAU